AGUCGCUCGUCGGCGCGUCCCGGAACAUGGCGGCGUCCACGCGCGCCGCCCAGCCGGCCCGGGGCGGCUGCCGGGGGCGUGUGGCCCGCAGGAAGCGCGGAGCCGGGCGCGGACCGCGUCGCGGGCCUGGGGGCGGCGGGGAGGGGGCCCUGAAGCGACUGCAGCUCGCGGUGGAGGAGUUCGUGCGGGCGACCGCGGAGGGCGCGACCCCCGGCGGCCGCGGGGGGCCCCGGGCUCAGGGACGCGUGCGCCCGGGCGGGAGGAAGAGCCGCAGGGAGCUGAGAAAGGAGAAGCGGCGCCUGAGGAAGGCGCGCCGGCUGCCGCGGGCGGCAGGCCCCGCGCUGGGCCCGGGCCCGGGCGGCGGCGGAGCCGGGGGAGCGAGCGGCCCGCGGGCGGAGGCGACGCCGGAGGACGGCCGGCCAUCCCCACGGCGGGCCCCGCGGUCGCCCGAGGGGCUGCGCCCUCCCCCGGCCCCGGCCCGGGGUCCCCCCGGCAGGACCCAGGCCGCCGCCGCCGCCCGGAAACGGGCACUUCUGGCGGCCAACGAGGAGGAGGACCGAGAGAUCCGAAAGCUGGAGCGGUGCCUCGGUUUGAACAAGCGCAGAAAGAAAGGCGACGGUAGCUCCGUGCCGCUUAGCUUUGCCCGCGAUGGGCUGGACUACGUCCUGGGAGCCCUGGACUCCGCGGGAAGUAGUGGCGUGUAUGAAAGCAGCAGUGAGGAGGAGGAGGAGGAUGCGGGGCAGACGCUCCCCGAAAGUGGCGUAGACACUGACAGCGAGGACGAACGGGAGGAGCGCGGUGGGGAAGACGAAAGCGAGCGGGAGGCAGAGGCGGGAGCGCAGAGCGCGGAGGCGGACCAGGAGGACGCAGAAGAGGAAGCGCGAGCAGCCGAAGGAGCGGAGCGGGGAGCGAAGGAGAAAGGCAGGAAAAGGAGAGUCCGUUUUGCUGAAGAUGAAGAGAGGAGUGAAAAUUCCUCGGAGGAGGUUGACACAAACGAUCAGCAGCGUCUUUGUGAACAUGGUGGGAGGUACAUCCCACCUCACGUGAGGCGAGCAGGGGAGACAGUGGAUGCCCAGAAGAAGGAAGAGCUAGAAAGACUCAGGAAACAGGUCAAAGGUCUGAUCAACAGGCUGAGUGAGCCGAACCUGGCCUCCAUCAGCGGCCAGCUGGAGGAGCUGUACAUGGGCCACAGCAGGAAGGACAUGAAUGACACUCUGACAGGUGUCCUCCUGAGCGCCUGCGCCCCGGACGCAGCCAUGCCUGCCAGGCUGGUGAUGGAGCAUGUCCUCCUGGUCAGCACUCUUCACUACACCGUCGGCAUCGAGGUCGGUGCGCACUUUUUGGAGGCUGUGGUGAGGAAGUUUGAUGACGUCUAUAAAAGUGGGCGUGACAGCAAGGAGUGUGACAACCUGUUCACCAUCAUCGCCCACUUGUACAACUUCCACGUGGUGCAGUCCCUCCUCAUCUUUGACAUUUUGAGAAAACUUAUUGGAACUUUCACAGAGAAAGAUAUCGAACUCAUCCUGUUAAUGCUGAAGAAUGUGGGCUUUUCCUUGAGAAAAGAUGAUGCUUUGUCACUUAAGGAACUGAUCACUGAGGCCCAGGCCAAAGCCAGCGGGGCAGGCGGCAAGUUCCAGGACCAGACCAGGGUCCGCUUUAUGCUGGAGACGCUGCUGGCGCUGAAGAACAACGACGUGCGGAAGAUCCCGGGCUAUGACACCGAGCCCGUGGAGAAGCUGCGGAAGCUACAGAGAGCCCUGGUGCGCGGUGCUGGCUCGGGGACGGACACUCAGCUGCGCAUCUCCUGGGAUGGCGUCUUGAACGCCGAGCGCACUGGGCGCUGGUGGAUCGUGGGGUCCGCGUGGAGCGGUGCCCCGAUGAUCGACAGCGGUCAGCGGAAGACCCCGCAGGAGCAGCCCGCGGGCACGGUCAGCGCCAAGGUCCUGGCACUCGCCCGGAAGCAAAGGAUGAACACAGACGUCAGGAGGAGCGUCUUCUGUACAAUUGUGACGAGUGAAGACUUUCUGGACGCGUUCGAGAAGCUCCUAAAGCUGGGGCUUAAGGAUCAGCAGGAGAGAGAGAUCGUUCACGUCCUCGUGGACUGCUGCCUUCAGGAGAAAACGUACAACCCUUUCUACGCGUUCCUGGCCGGCAAGCUCUGUGACUACGAGAGGAGGUUCCAGAUGACAUUCCAGUUCAGCAUAUGGGACAAAUUUCGGGACUUAGAAAAUUUGCCAGCCACUAAUUUCUCUAAUUUGGUUUAUCUGGUGGCCCAUUUGUUGAAGACAAAGUCUCUGCCACUCUCCAUUUUAAAGGUCGUCGAAUUCAGUGAAUUGGACAAACCCAGAGUCCACUUUUUGCGAAAAGUGUUAUACAUGCUACUCAUGGAAAUAGAAGCUGAAGACCUUGGUUUAAUUUUUGCAAGGGUGUCGGACAACCCCGCGCUAGGCCUGCUGCGGGAGGGCCUGAAGCUCUUCAUCAGUCACUUCCUGCUGAAGGGCCGGCAGGCCCACGGGAGCGCCGAGGAGGCCAGAGCGCUGCGGGAGAGAGCCGAGCUGUGUACCAAGGCUCUGCAGGGGAGGGCGUCCCUGAGGCUGUAGCCCGGGCCCUGGUGAGGGGGGUGGAGGGGGGGCGCUCGUCGGGCUGGAAGGUGAAGCCGUGUAGCAUAGUCUGCCGUAUUUAAAGCAUAUUCUGUUUUGGUCCAAGGUUACAUUACAUUUGUGUUUUGAAUCAUUUUCAAAUAACUGUGUCUCUAGGAGGUGGGAGGGAGGGAGGUGUGGACACUGGGCAGCGAUGAGACUGGGGGGGGGGGGGGGGUGCCGGUGCCUUCAUUUUUAACGGAAAUAAGCCUCUGGAGGGUGCAGUUACAAAGAACCUGAUGGCGCUUUUAUCGUUUCUGUAUAUUGGUUAAAAGUGCAGCAACCAUGAGUUAAACAUGCCUGAUGUUUGAUUGAUUAUUUCAAGUGUUUGGAAGGCAGGUGUUCUGGAAAAGUCAGCAGUUCACUCGAGCCUUGCAGGUGUGGGCGCAGCAGGGUGUGGGGGGAGUGUCCCUGGUCCCUUGCCUGAAGUUCCGGCGUGGGAAAGGACGUCUUCCUGUGAGUGUCUGUCACUUAGACCCAUUGAGUCCAGGGGGGAUGCACGCGGCGGUGAGUUCUUGGGGCGCAGCCUCGCAGAGGACAGGAGUGCCUGCGAGGGCGAAGGUUCAAGCGGCACCUAAAGUACAGCGUUCCCCUCGUUCGUUGUGAAGUUCAUACAGAUGAAAUGUAUCUUUAUAAUUUUCCCUUAAGUGUUAAAUUAUUUGAAAAUAAAGAAUUUUUAU